AGGGUUUAUGAAACUCUUUUUGUUUACUUUUCUCUUAAAAUGUUGUCACUCUGUUUUGCUUUUAUGGAUUUGUUUUUCAUUGUUGUGGUUUAUAUGGGUUCCAAGUGAUCUUAGACUUGCAGUUUUUGGCAGUGUGACAAAUUCUCUUGGCAGUGUGACAGAUUCUGAGGAAGCCCUUUCUACUUUAUUGCCAAGACUAUCAUCUAUUUAAGAAUCAACUCUUUCUUCUCCUCGUACUAGCACUUCCUGCUUGGUUUGUGUUGGGGAACCGUUGGCCGUGAAAGUUGGUCUGACAUGGACUUCUUUAUUUCUCCUCGCCUUUUUCCAUGGAUCUCGUUUUUGUUCUGUUUUUCCUUGCCAUGCUUUAUGCCUCUCCGGUUUCUUGCCUUGCUUGGCGCCUUUACGGUAACUCGCCAUCUCUAAUGUUAGCUGAUGUGUUUCUUGCAGUCCUGUGGCCAGCCUUUGCCAUGUUUAUUGUCGUUGCUGUCGAACCUUCUCUACCGUAGCCACUAGAUCCCCCUUUGCCCUAUGCCUCUCGUCUUAUUGUUAACUUUAGGUUACUAAACCGACCUCUGGUUAAUAGAGUAGUUGUGCCGUCUGAUAUAAUCUAUUAACAAACGCUAAAUCAAGUAAGAAGCAUGCGAAAAUUAUGGGAUCUUCAACUCCAAAAAGAGGGAAUCAAAUGGUCGAAGACCUGUUUUGUCUUUGGUUGGUGUUGAUGAGGAUGAAAUGGAAGAUGAUUUAGGAGCAGAUUAUUUUAGUUUAGUGGAAGAAUUAGAAUACUCAAGAUCAUGAUUUUUAAUAAGAAUUUGAGAGUUUUCGGUUUUCUAGCCAUAUUUGAGCCAAAAGGUUGCAUAGUGCUUUAAUGGACUAUAAAUAAAUGAGACAUUGCGGUGUUGGGUUUUAUCAUGUUUGGUCUUUUUGAAGUGUAUUUGUGUCUUCUUGGUAUUUUAAUUUGCUCGGUGUUUGGAGAUUUUUUACUGAAUUUGGAACAAGUACUGAUUCAACAAAUGGAGAGGACUGGUAUGGAGCUCUCGGGUUGUAAACCUUAGUUACGGUGCUGCCGCAGAAGACAACAUGACUACAAAACUGUUGAUUUCUUGCGUUUAUAUCCAAUCGAAGCUAGUACUCUAUUGCAUAAACAACCUUGAAAGCAAAGAAAGGAAUUUUCAUAAAGUUUGACAGCCAAAGCCUAAUAUAAAUACUCUAUAAACUAAUAAUGUUAGAAUUAUGACUUUCUAUAAAUUUAUAGAUUUAUUAAUUUAUAAAAAAAAUUCCUUUUAAGAUAUUUUUUUAUUUUAGAAUUUGUAUUAUAAUAUAAUAAAACAAUAGUUGAAUUUUCCAUAUAUACAUUAAUUAAAUUUUAAAAAUUUGAGUUACACAUUGUUUUAUUAUAUUAUUUUGAUGUAUAUGAAAUAUGUUUCAUACAAUUUAUACAAAUGAAGUCCAUUGUGAAUAUAAAUAAACAAUACAAAAUUUUGGUUGUACUUAUAUAAACUAUAACUGAAUUAUUAAUUUAUUAUUUUUAAUGAGACCAUAUAUUUACAUAUGAUUUUUCUUAAAAAAUUAUUAUUUUACUAUUUUAUUGAUUUGUAUCAUAUUUUGAAUCGGUCCAAGUCAGGACCAAAGAAAUAUAUUACUUUAUAUUGUUUAUUAAUUUAUGGAAUAUUAAUAUAUAUAAAAUUUAUAUUGUAUAUAUGCAUGAUAGAUAAUACGGAUACAUUAUUAACCUAAGCUUAAUAUUAAAAUACUUUUAUUUACAUUUACAUUAAAAUACAUUGAAUUAUCUAGCUAAUAUCACACCUUAAAGCAUUUUUCAUGCUAUCUUUAAAAUAUUACAAGAAAAUGGAAUUUUAGAGAGAGGAAGAAAUAUACCUCCAAGGUAUGUCUAUAAAAUAUAUGAAUGAAAUUUUUUUCUAUAUUUAUAGUAAGGAUAUAAUAUUACUCUAUUUUAGAGGUGUACAUUUGAGAAGUUUUUCUUUUCAGAAUUCGAAAAGUAUAAGAAAGUAGGUGGUGUAAGUUUAUAAUUGAUGGCCCGUAAAUAAAACCCAAUACGGCAAAGCUCAUACGUGCUGAUUGUUUUAGACUAUUGAUCGCUAGAACAAAGUAUAAAAUCUUCAUGAAUCAAAUCUAACUAUGUACAGUUUAGUUUUAAACCUUCACGUCGAUAGAACUUCACAUUAACAUCACAUACGACCCUCGAAGUCUUUUGGCGAGACCCUACCGCUGACUCCUAAAUCAACGACGAACGUUCUCACACUCUCUGUCCACAUAAGUUGUUGCAUCUCCUCCUUAUAAAUAUUAUGUACAAUUAUCUAAACCAAAGCAAAAACAAAAAAUAAACAUAGGGAGCAAUGUUCCUCAAACUACUCAUCAUCGUCUUCUUCUUCUUCUUCUUCUUCUUCAGCAUACUCUCGCAAUCCCUACAACCUUCAUCCCAAAACCUCGAGUUCACCUUCAAUGGCUUCUAUCCUCCGUUGAGGGACAUAUCCGUCCAAGGAAUUUCCAGCGUCACAUCCAAAGGUGUCCUGAAGCUAACCAACUUUACUACCACGGACAGCGGUCACGCCUUCUAUAGUAAACAAAUCCGGUUCAGAGAUUCACCAAACGACACCGUUUCUUCCUUUUCUACAACCUUUGUCUUCGUUAUCCGCCCUUUAGUCCCGGGCAUUGGCGCUGAGGGCAUGGCCUUCGUCAUUGCUCCUAACUUUAGCCUCCCAACUGCAGCUCCCAGCAAAGACCUAGGUCUCUCUAACAUCAUAAACAACGGUAAUGAUACACAUCAUGUAUUCGCUGUUGAAUUUGACACGGUCCAAGAUCCCUUAGACGAUCCCGACAACAACCAUGUCGGAAUCGAUAUCAAUAGCUUGAAGUCAGUGAAAACUUCACCGGCUGGGUACUGGUACGAUAAUGAUCAGUUUAAGAAGCUGACUUUGGUGAGUGGUAAGCCAAUGCAGGUUUGGGUCGAUUACGAUGGUCGUACCCAUCGGAUCAACGUAACGAUGGCUCCAUUUAGAAAGGAAAAACCUGAAAAAGCGCUUGUAUCUAUUGUCCGAGAUCUAUCCUCGGUUCUUUUGCAAGAUAUGUUCGUAGGUUUCUCGUCUGCUACCGGUACUAUUUUGUCGGAACAUUUUGUUCUUGGGUGGAGUUUCCGAGUAAAGAGAGAAGCUCCGUUGUUGGACUUAUCGAAACUUCCAAAGGUGAAGCAAAGGAGCUGGAUGACAUGGUUGGCCCUCAUGUUUGUCUUCCUCCUUUUAUUUACCAUCUUUUGUCUCAUCCCCUGGUUGGUUAUUUGCUCCCCCAUAUGCCUCGUGCGCUGCAUCUUGAGGAGGAGGAGAAAGUUCGCGGAGGAGAUUGAAGAUUGGGAAACAGAGUUCUCCAAGAACCGUAUGAAGUUCAAGGACUUGUACUACGCCACCAAAGGGUUCAAAGAUAAGGGCCUUCUCGGAAGAGGGGGCUUUGGGAGCGUUUACAAAGGUGUUAUGCCUAAGACGAAUAAGGAGAUCGCCGUGAAGAGAGUCUCGAACAAAUCCCAGCAAGGGUUGAAAGAGUUUGUCGCUGAGAUCGCGAGUAUUGGUCGAAUGAGUCAUCGGAACUUGGUCCCUCUCUUGGGUUAUUGCCGCCGGAAGGAUGAUCUUCUUCUGGUGUACGAUUACAUGCCUAAUGGAAGUUUAGACAAGUAUUUGCACAGUAGUCCGGAGGUAGCUCUCGACUGGAACCAGAGGAUUAAGAUCAUUAAAGGUGUGGCCUCUGCCUUAUUCUUUCUUCACGAGGAUUGGGAGCAAGUGGUGAUUCACCGUGAUGUAAAAUCCAGCAACGUCUUGUUAGACUCGGAGCACAAUGGGAGACUUGGAGAUUUCGGUUUAGCUCGGUUGUGUGGUCACGGUACGGAACCUGACACCACGAACGUCGCAGGAACAUGGGGCUAUCUAGCCCCCGAUCACGUCAGGACAGGACGGGCCACAACCGCUACCGAUGUUUUUGCGUUUGGGGUGCUCUUACUAGAAGUGGCGUGCGGGAGACGUCCUAUCGAGGUUCAGGACAGCGUGAGUGGUGAGAGGGUGUUUCUCGUUGAUUGGGUUUUUCAGUUUUGGAUAGACGGAAACAUCUUGGGUGCCAAGGAUCCAAAUCUAUGGUAUGAUUAUGAAGUAGGAGAGACCGAAAUGGUAUUGAAGCUAGGUUUGUUGUGCUCACAGUCUGAUCCAGAGAAUAGACCAACUAUGAGACAGGUGCUACAUUAUCUUAGGGGAGAUGUAAUGUUACCAAAUCUGUCACCGUCGGACUUGCGUGGAAGCGAGAGAUUGUUGGGAAUUCCAGAAGUGGGAUUUAGUGAAUCAAGCUUGUCUACCGGUGGAUCUUCGAUUACUAACUCUCUACAGUCUGGUGGGAGGUGAGUUGUGAAUAUCUGUGUGUUUUUCACAUUUUCACUUCGUACGUAAAAAGAAUUGAUCAUAAAUAUAUAUCUUAUGAUCAAUGUUGUAUAUUAAACGGUUGGAAAGAAUAAUUUUACAUAAUUUGUAUGUCCAUUUUGCGGUA